AUGCUGCUGCUGCUAGGGGUGAGGGGUUUGAGGCUAGGGCCUUUAAGGGACUGCCUUCUGACAGGCUCCGGGGUCUGCUUGUGUCCCUGAAGGCCCAGCACGCCGAGGCGAAUUCGGGCCUAGCUGGGGUCCGGGCAGAGCUGAGGGAGCAGAGGGACAAGUCAAGCAGGACCUCAAAUCACAAAAGAGGUCCUGUGAGGGCUAUAAUCGCCCAGAAAAAGUUGGAGGAGCAGCGUUUGUCUUAUACCUUGCUCCAGACUAAAGCAAAAAUGUCAGAAAUCCAGGCCAUCCUGCAGCAGCGUGCCAAGGACGCUGUGAAAUCCAGGAGGCAGAGGGCCAUUGGGGGUAGGAGGGACAUGUCCCCAGGUGAGGAGUCCAGCAAGGACUCGGAUUCCAACUCCCAUCACUCGCCUGGGGUGCCAUGUACCUCUGCCCUUGCUACACCAGGGGGCGCAGCUGAGACAGAGAGGAAGGCCAGAGAGAAGGACAGUGAAGCGGAGUGGGAAGGAGAGAAAGGAGAAGAGUGGAAGCUGAGAGUGCAGGACAGGGGUCAAGGGCUGAUUAAGGAGUCUCUCCUCAAGUUUGGAAACAAACUUGGGGAGGGCUCCGUUAAAGAAAAGAAUAAGAAGAAGAAGAAGAAAAAGAAGAACAUCGCCCGGCGUCAGCUUGAGACCUCUGUCAGAGGGUCUGGAGAUUCCAUGGAGGAGGGUGAGUGCUCUAAUGCUGAGUUUGUUUACAAUGAAGAUGAUUUUCAGGCCUUGCAGAAGCCUGGGUCCAGGGAUACUAACCCUACAGGUGGCAACACCUGUAUGCCCCAGGAAUCUGCACACCCUGCCUCUGUGGAAGUAUCUGGACCCCCCGCCGCCCUCCAUGGUGACAGGGAGACCAUCCCCGACGGUACUAUGGCGAGUACCGGUGAUCCCAUGGAGGGGCCCUUCCCUUCCUCCCUUCCCUCUGACCUUCCUCUUCAUGUGGUUGCGCCCUCUGGAGUAGCUGGAUCCUCUGCCUCCUGUCCUCAGGCGGCUGCUGGGCAGGAUGGCACUGGAGGGAUCUACCCUGAUGUUGCCCCCCACUCUGAUUAUGUUGCCCCCCACCCUGAUAAUGUUCCUUCUCACCCCGGUAUUGUUGCCCCCGCCCCUGAUACUGUUGCCCCCCACCCUGAUUAUGUUACCCAACCCGGUACUGUUACCCCUGCCCCUGGUGUUGUUGCCCUGGUACUGCUGUUCUGCCCUGGUACUGUUGCCCCCGCCCCUGGUACUGUUGCCCCCGCCCCUGGUACUGUUGCCCCUGCCCCUGGUUAUGUUGCCCCCCAACCCAGUAUUGUUGCCUCUGCCCCUGGUGUUGGUUAG